GGGGAGCGAGGGGAGCGAGGCGAGCGAGGGGAGCGAGGGAGCGAGGGGAGCGAGGGAGCGAUGCCCGCCGAGAAGUAGUAGCUGUCCGCAUCCAGCCUGGGCAGAGAAGCCUCAGACCGCGGCCUCCCCCUCUGGGCUCCCUCUCCCUCCCCCAGCCCGGCAGGCAGAGGACCCAAGCCCGGAACCAGACCGAUGGCUCUUGGCAGCCAGAGCCCCUUGCGCCAGGAGUUGGUGACCUUCAAGGAUGUGAUGGUGGACUUCACUGAGGAGGAGUGGGGGCUCUUGGAUCCUUCUCAGAAGGAGCUGUACAAGGAAGUCACACUGGAGAAUGUCCAGAAUCUGCUGUCCCUGGAUGUAGAGCCCAACAUUGAAGGGAAUGAGAAGACGAGAAAGCUGGGAUUUUUUGUGGAAGAACAUGACCUGCAAGGAUUCAUGAAGGAUGGUCCCUGUGCCUUGACUUUGAGGGAAAUCCAUGCCUCUAACCUUGAAAUAGAUAACCUGAAGUCUGACUGUGAAUUGGAUGAAAGUAAAAUGAGAUUCAAGCAAUCUUCUUUCAUAAAUUAUUAUAAGAAAGUGAAUUCAGGGAAGAACUGGCUUCUGGAUAGUGAAUAUCAGAAAUGUUUUCCUGAACAGAUAGAGCUUUUUCAUUCUCAGAAGAAACCUGCUGAAAUACUAAUAAAUUCAGACAAUCAAUGGGAAAUUGCUUUCAGUAAGAGUUCAGACCUCACUGGACAUCAGAAAAAUGAUAAUGGGGAAAUGUUUUGUGUGGGUAGUCAAGGUGGAAAGGCCUUGAGUCAGACCUCUCAGCUCAUUACUCAGCAGGCAGUUCACAUAAGAAAGCAACCUGAUGAAUAUAGUGAAUGUCAAGCAAUGCCAUCUCAUCAUUCAUCUUUUCCUUACCAAUAUUCAAUUGAUCCUGGAAUGAAAAACCCUUUAUUUGAUGAGUGUGGGAAGGCCUACAGUUGGAACUCAGACACUGAUAGAUCUCAGAACAUUCAUCCUGGAGAGUUUUAUAAAUAUAAUGAAGGUGAGAAGCUCUUCAUACAGCAAUUCUUUCUAGCUGUACCUGAGAGGUUUCACACUGGCGAGAAACCUUUAGUAAGUAAUCACUGUGGAAAGUCUUUUGCAUCUAGUUCCACUCUUAGUAAGCAUCAGAGAAUCCACACUGGAGAGAAACCUUAUAAAUGUAAUCAAUGUGGAAAAGCUUUUGAAUAUAAUUAUAAGCUUAUAGAACAUCAGAGAAUCCACACAGGAGAAAAGCCUUAUAAAUGUAAUCAAUGUGGAAAGGCCUUCACACAGAGUUGUAGUCUUGCUUUACAUCAGAGAAUCCACACUGUAGAGAAACCUUAUAAAUGUAAUGAAUGUGGAAAGGCUUUCGUAGUGAGAGACAGUUUUGCUUUACAUCAGAGAAUCCACACUGGAGAGAAACCUUAUAAAUGUAUUCAAUGUGGAAAGGCUUUCAGCCAGACUACAGGUCUUUCUUUACAUAAGAGAGUCCACACUGGAGAGAAACCUUAUAAAUGUAAUCAAUGUGGAAAGGCUUUCACACGGGGUGCCAAUCUUGCUGAACAUCAAAGAAUCCACACUGGAGAGAAACCUUAUAAAUGUAAUCAAUGUGGAAAGGCUUUCACAUGGGGUGCCAAUCUUGCUAAACAUCAGAGAAUCCACACAGGAGAAAAGCCUUAUAAGUGUAAUCAAUGUGGAAAGACUUUCACAUGGAGUGCCAGUCUUGCUUUACAUCAGAGAAUCCACACUGGAGAAAAACCUUAUAAAUGUAACCAAUGUGGAAAGGCUUUCACCCAGGCUUCAAGUCUUUCUUUACAUCAGAGAAUCCACACUGGAGAGAAACCUUAUAAAUGUAAUCAAUGUGAGAAAGCUUUUGCACUAAAGGGGAAUCUUAGAACACAUCAGAGAAUCCACACAGGAGAGAAAACCUCAUAAAUUUAAUCCAUUUGGAAAGACUCAUAUAGAGAGCCAUUCUUUCUUUGCAUCAGAGAAACCACAGAGGAGAAAAGUCUUAUAAGUGUUAUCAAUGUGGAAAGUGUUUUACAUGGAAGGGAGAUCUUAGUAAACAUCAGAGAAUCCAUAUGGGAGAGAAACCAUUUGAAUGUAAUGAAUGUGGAAAGGCUUUUCCAUACAGUGCCUGUAUUGCUAGACAACAGAGAACUUAUAUUGGAAAGAAACUUUUUCAAAGUAUUCAGUGUGGAAAGGCUUUUGCAUAGAAGUGAAAUCUUGUUGAACAUCAAAGAACCCACACUGGAGAGAAACACUUUGUAGUCAGUGAGGACAGGAUUUCACACAAAGGUCCUUUCUAGUUGAACAUCAGAGAAUCCACACUGGAGAGAAAUCUUAUAAAUGAAAUUAAUGUGGAAAGGUACUGAGGUAUAAAUCCAAUAUUGGUAAACAUCAGAGAAUCCUCACAAGGAGAAGUAUUAUGAUAAUAAUAAACAUGAAAUGAUUUCACAAAGAGUUCCCACUUGGAUAUAUAUGAGACAAUCCACACUGGAAAGGCUUUCAGCAAAGGCAGGGGCCCAAGGCCAAGCUGACUACCAAAUACUUAAUGGCAGCACAAAGAAAACUCUAUUUUUCUGGCAGAGUACACAUGUAGGAGGCCGUGCCCUUUGGCAUGUCUUUCCUUUCAUUGUGGACACCCCGGACAUCAGAAUGGGUUGGUGGUGAGGGCUGGGAAGAAGGUUCAAUAGGUGAUUAGCCUGAAAGCCAGGGGGGAAUUCUGAGCAUGAAAUACCCUACUGAACACAGAGUAAUCACCAACUGGAGGGGUGUGGAGAGCUGGGGUCAUGUUUUGUAUAUUGUAUUCCAUGAGACCACCAAAGAGCCCCCUGUGCUGCUCACAGAAGCCUCCUGACCCCAAAGGAAGGAAAGGAUUACACAGAUUUAAGUUUGAGACCUUCAGCUCUCUGUUUCAUCUACUGCCAUCCAGCCUUGCUGCCUUCUUGCCACUGGCCAUACCCCUGGAGUUGUGAUCAACUCUGGGGAUGAUGGGACCCACUCAGUGCCCGUGUUUGAAGCUGACAUCCUUCCAGGAGCCAAACUCUUCCGGCCUCUGACUGGCUGAGAUCUGACAGACUCCAUCAUGAAGAUUUGGACACGGGACAUUUUCUCUCCUGCAGCUACUGAGAGCCACAAGGUGACAUCAUGAGCUAAGGGCCCCAGAUGUUGUGCAGGACCCAGCCUUUGCCACAUGCAGCUGCCUCUGGAAAAGAGCACUGAACUCCCUGAGGAUCAGGUCAUCGGCCUUGGCAGGGCUAGAGCUGCAGCCCAGAAGCUCUCCCUGUGGAGUCCACCAAGCUCCCUUCAACUCCACUGGUUGUGAUGUCAGUAUGGGAGGCUAGUCUGCCCAUCCCCGGUGGCCAGGGGUCAUCACCAUAUACCCAGGCCUUGCUGGAGGGAAGCAGAAAGAGAUGACUGCCCCAGCCCCCAACCCAGUGAAAAUCAAGCUUAUUCCCCCUCCACCCGCCUGCCUUGAGCAUUUUGGUUUUUCUCUCAUCUUUUUCCUUUUUGAUCUGAUUUUUUUUUUUUUUUUUUUUUUGUGCAGCAAAAUAACUGGCAAUAUGUAUAGAAGAACUGCACAUUUAACAUGUAUUGGAUAAUUUGCUGAGAGGCUGGGGCAAGGGAUGCUAAACAUUUAGAACACAAGGUUUUGUAAGGGUGAAUGCUGAAAAUUAUCCAUACAUAAUGAAAAUAAAAUAGUUUGAAAAUAAAAAACCUUAAUUAAUAAAAAUAAUCAUUCCAGUUACUGUAUAAUAUAGUGUGACAGGGUUUCUUGGCACUAGGAAGCCUGUCCUGCUUGAUAAAAAGCAACGAAUUAACAUCAGUCCAGAUAUUGGGGAGGAAGGUGGGGCAGAGGAGGUACAGGUAUUGUUGUAUAUGGAAAUGAUGUGAUAUUUUAAAAAAAAAAUUACCUUUGUUUCUUCUGCCCUCAUUUGUGUAAUUGUCUAACUUGUCUCCUGCCCCCAAUAAGGAUGGACAGGAAAAUGUUAGAGACUUCCCUGGAAUAUUAUGCGAUUGGUGCCAGUACUUGGGGAACUAGAGGAGAGUUACCUGUUCCCUGAUUUAAGAUUAGUUUAAGUAACAGUGUGCACAUUAAAGAGACUUCAAGAAAAUGAAUUUCAGACACCUGCUUUCUACAGUGGUUUAGUCUGUUUAGAUUGUCAUUUCUCAGGGGUUUUUUGAACCCACUUGGUGACUCCCAAUUGGUAAUCCUCAACCCUUUUCCUUUAGGAGGCUGGUUUAGAGGAAAAUAUAACCCAUGGAGCAAUUAUCAUGGUAUUCAAAUAAUCAUGCUACCCUUAGUGGUCCACGUCAUAAAGUACUAAAUUUCCAAGCCUCAUCAACUAAGUAGAGGAAACUGAAGCAAAAAAAGGAUUUGUCUCACAUCAUAUGACCUGUAUGAGCAUCAGAGUGAGCAGUCAUUAAGAUCCUAAAGAAAGACUGAAAAGAAUUUCCAUUUGAAAUGACAAUCACGUUGGGAAAAUAAAAACUGGAAAAAUAUCUUAUUAUGAAAUGCUUCUCCCUAUGGAAUCAAGGAGAAGGACUGUGUUCUCCUACUAAGGUUUGAGAGUCUGGAGGCAAAAGAAGGAAGGUGAUGUGAAAUUCCUGCUAACCAGAAGUGUCUCCAGAGGGAUGUUAAGAAAAUUCUAGAAAGAGUUUGUGAGAAGCCGGCAAGCCCUAUGUAUUGUAGGGAAAGGAAGGAAAACAUUCUCAGUCAUCACUGAGAGAGAGCAAAGAAAAACAAGAUCCUAGGUAAUUUCCUGAAAAGCUGAAGUUGUCUUAUUUAGAUGAAACAUGAAGAAUAUUCUUAAGAGAUAGUAAUCACUGGGAAGAGAAUGGAAGUAUUGAAAAUGUAUUCUUUUGAGCUCCCUGUCACAACGUUUUCCAUCUGGUGGCUCCUCUCAUCGGGAAUGUGGUGACAGAAAUAUACUGACCCCAGCCUCCAUUCAAGUUCAACCAAUUUUUCCUUAAAAAUUCUUCCUUGACUGUUCUCAAGAUUUUAUUGAUUCCUUGUAUAGAGCUUGUUCACACGUGGUUGUUUUUGUUAUCGUCUUCUUCAUUAGACUGUAUUGGUAAUGGAUAGACUUUGGCUUUCUCCAUAGUGCUUCGCACUGUGUCUGGCACAUAAUCGUGCUUAAUAGAUGUAUAUUAAUUCAUUGAUCAACUGGCAAAGAGAAAAAAGCGAUACUGUUCACAGUCUGGUCUGGAUUGAUUGCUUCCAGCCUAUUGAAGAAGAGCUCUCAUUUUAUUGAAACCCAAGAUGACACUAGGUGUGAUGUGUCGUAACCAAAACAACUUCUGUCUUUGCUUUAUAAUUGCUUUCACUUGCUAAUAAUGGCUCCUAUUCUUCAUGUUCCUGUUUAGUUAUAUAGAAAUGAGUAACUAUGAUAGACUUAUGUACUAUUUUAUCAACUGGGGCUGGAGGUAGAACUAAUUUGCAAGAGCAACAUUGUUAGAAUAUUUAUGAGGAAUAAAUUAUCUGAAAAGGCCCCUAGAACUCAGGAUCAUUGGCAAUCAACAGUUAACAGAAUGAGCAAAGAGUCAGACAGAAUGGCCAUAUCUGUAAAUCCCUGGAUACCUAGGAGGAUGCAUCUAUUUUUCCAACUUGCUACAUAUAGAAUAGUGUUGGCUGAUGUACUUGGUAUUUGAUACUCUCCCAUUUUUAGUAUAUUCAGAUAUGAUUCCUCUUUUCAGAAGCUCUAUCACUUUGAACUAGUGUUCUCUCAUGUAGAUAAAACUUCAUUUUUUCAUCAUUUUGGUUUCUUAAAUCAUGAUUUAUGUCUUAUUUAUAAUGCAUAUUUGACUUUAAGCUUCCUUAUUGAACUUCUGAACAAUAUGAGUGUUUUCCUAGAUUAUAAUUAUAAAUAAUAUUUAUUAUAAACUUUGAGGACUGGCCUUAUAAUACUGUCUGAUUCUCAAGACCUGGAACAGUGCUGGGCACAGAGCAGCCACUUUCUAAUGCUUAUUGAUAUGACCUAAGGAAUGGUAAAUGGGAGGGAUUCAGAGAGGCCUGGGAAGACUGAGGCAGAGUUGGUACCUAAGAGCAGAAGGGCAGUUUCUGCUCUGAGGACAGCCUUCAGGGCCGUGCUCCAGCCCAGUGCAGACAAGACUCACAUGAAGGGGUUUUCUUCAACUUUCAACUGCUACAGAGGAGAGCUUGGCCACAAGAAAUAGCAGAGGGAGAAUAGGAGUUUAGGAUGUGAGAGAACUUCAAGAAGAGACAAAGACAUGAUGUCCAUGAACAGGGACUAAUGAGUUUGGGGGUUUUCCCUUUUACUUGUAAUGAGGGAUGUGUGAGACUUAUGGACCACAAAACAGACUUUUAGAGUGAGAAAAAGGAAAACGAGUUUUAUUAUGAUCUCCUAAGAAGGGGCAUCUGCCAUCUGACUGUCACUAAAAAAAAAAUGCUAAUAAUAAGUAAACACUGUAAAAGACAAGAAUAAAUACCCCAAACACAGAAGGCCCCAUCCCUGCCUGACCUUUUCUCCAAUUGUUUGGUGGAAUCUAGACUUACAUUCAGAUCACAGAA